AAGAACAACUAAACCUUAAUAAUAUUCUUAUUGCAUUGCAACAAAUACAGCAAGAAAACCAAUUGUUGAGACAAGAAAAUAUAGAUGUUCACAACAAACUCAACCAACUAAUGCAAGAAGAAGCUUUCAAUCAACUGAGAGAGUCUAAAGUUAAAUCAGCAUUGCUGAAUAAUUUUGAUGGUUUUAUUAAAGAGUUUAAAGCUACCUUUGGUAACUCAGACAAGAUCAAAAUGGCAGCCAACAGAAUCAGAAAACUCACCCAAGGGUCUAAAUUGGCUUCAAGUUACACUUCAGAAUUCCAUCAAAUUUCUAGCAAUCUGGAUUGGAAAAAAGCAGUAUUAAUCAACCAGUUUCAAACAGGGCUUAGAAAUGAUGUAAAAGACCUAUUACUCACUAUAAAGGACCCUACAACAUUGAAUGAUGCAAUAUCUAAGACAUAUCCAACUAUAGUAGGCCCAGCUAUUCUCAGAGCUGAUGCAAAUCAAUAA